AUGGCACCUCAAAUCCCCAUUCCCGAAAAGCAAUGGGCCCAAGUGGCUGACAAAGUCGGCGGGCCGGUGCAAUAUCGACAAAUCGCCGUCCCAAAGCCGGGCGCCGAUGAAGUCCUCGUAAACAUAAAAUACUCGGGCGUCUGCCACACCGACCUUCACGCGAUGAAGGGUGACUGGCCCCUGGAUGUGAAAAUGCCCCUGGUGGGUGGACACGAAGGGGCUGGUGUCGUCGUCGCCCGCGGACAGCUGGUCACCGACGUCGAAAUCGGUGACCAUGUCGGCAUCAAAUGGAUCAACGGGUCAUGUCUGUCGUGCGACUUCUGCGAGAGUGCAAACGAGCCCCUGUGCCAGAAGGCGAUCCUUUCGGGUUACACGGUGGACGGGACGUUCCAGCAGUACUGUAUUGGGAAGGCGGCACAUGUCACUCCCAUUCCAAAGAACGUGCCGCUGGAUCAGAUAGCGCCCAUUCUCUGUGCCGGAGUGACUGUUUAUAAAGCGCUGAAGGAAAGCAAAGCAGCUCCCGGCCAGGCGGUGGCGAUUGUCGGGGCCGGGGGUGGGCUGGGAUCGCUGGCACAGCAGUACGCUAAGGCAAUGGGGUUGCAGAUUAUUGCCGUUGAUGCGGGUAAUGAGAAGAGAGAGCUGUGUAUGAAGAUGGGUGCGAAGAUCAGGGGAAGGUCGCAGGCCGCUACGUCCUCAAGAUGCCAGAGUAGACGGAGCAAUCCUCGACGGAGUCAUCAUGACUUUUAUGGAAAUGUAUGA